UUUAAUUAUUUUAUUUAUUUUAUUUCAUUUUUAAAUAAUUUUUUUUUCCCUUGUUCUGCCGCACCGACCGCUUGGGCGCUGUAGAGAGCCGAUUAACGGCUUAGGAACAGUGUCCCGGGCGGACCCGUGGUGGUGGGACGGGAAAUUUUUUUUUUUUUUUUUUUUUUGACACAUUCUCUCUGACCCCCAAGUUCGCACGCUUCCGUCGUUAAUAAAAAAGCAAUACAGAAGCAAAGCCUAAAAUACUGUAAAGAGCCGGCAACGGCUUAGGAACAGUACAACAAAUAGGGCUAAGACGGUUAGUUAACCUGUGAGUUGCGACUGAGACUUCAACCAGUGCAGACGUGUUUGAGGAACGCUCCGACACCGAAGCUUGAUUGAACCUGUUGCAGCAAACCUACCGUCCAGCGGAUAUUACCAUUGGAUCGGGAAUUGCGCCAGCUUUUAAACGAGCCAUCGGACGUCAAAAUCUGUCAAGGUAUUGAGUAAUUACAUUAUAUUUUCAGAUACGCUCGGAGCACGUGGCCGUGGCCUUGAGAACCCCCCGUAACUUUUCUAGGCCGGGGGCACAGACGCCGCCAGGCCGGCCAACCUACCUCGCCCCACUUCCCACUCGAGGGAAAUUCCCACUGACUCGUCUCCCCGACUGAAUUUCCCCGAAGGGCCCCCCACAUAUAUUCUUACUUCAGACCCUCAUUACUCCUAAGACACUUGACAUCCUGUAACUUGAUAACGGAAGGACUUAAGGCCUUGGCACACAGAACGCCAUCUGUCGCGGCGGGCAGCGAUCACUGACCGCCGCGAUCCGGCGAUAUGGUUGUAUGAUGAAAUAUUGCAUCAUCCCUGUCACACACAGGGCGACCUAUCACAGCGAUCCAGUCUUGAUCGCGGCGACAGGCGAUAUACCUGUGCAAAAUUACAAAAAACAUUACGCGAUCCGGCGAUCCAGUUUCAAGAUGGGAGAUGAAAUAACUGAAAUUUUCAUAGAAAAAGUGAGAAAAUACGUGUAUUUGUACGACACAUCACACCACCACUACAAAAAUGUCGUGAAAAAGGCAGAAACAUGGGCCAUGAUUGGACAAGAGCUGAAUAUAACUAGUGAUGCAGCUAAGGGGAAAUGGAAAAAUUUACGAGAUUGUUAUCUGAGAUUUAAGAAAAGCGUAAUAGGUAAAACGGGACAGGCCAAAAAGUAUCAGAAAUGGCCAUGGAGUGAAUAUAUGCAAUUUUUGGAUGAAACACUUCAAAUGCGUCCCGCAACCAGCAAUAUACAAACUGCUGAAAUCGAAGAUAAGGAACAUGAAGAUCUUGAACGUGUAAGUGAGGAAAACAAAAUACAAAAAACUCCAGUUUCUCCAAACAUGCCUCCUCCAUUAUCGCAAAAACGAAAAGCUGCACCUACAGCCAAAGACACGUCCCACAUUACAGAGGUUGACAAAGUGAUUAAUUAUCUUAAUAACAAGGCUGCUAAACGUGAGUACGAUGGCAUAGACCAUUUAUUUCUUAGUUAUGCUGACACGUUCAGAACAUUCCAGCCUGCUACUCAGGCAAUGUUGAAAAUGGAAUUGGCUACACUUUUUGCACGAACCGAAAUGAGAGAGCUUGAAGCACACUCUCAAAGGCCUGUGCUGUCCACACCCCAGUCACCACUUCACCCGGACUCUUCACAUUCCUCAUCAACGGCAUUUGCGUCAGGCGAUACGUCCCCUACUUACCAGAGCUUGAACUCCAUUCCCUCUUCUUCAGCCAAUUCUUCGUUUGGAAAUGCUCGUGAAUUAUAUGAAACUUAUGGGUCCCAUUUUCAGUUAAAUUAGAAAAAAAUAAUUCCAUUACAUAUUUGUAAUUUAUAAUCGGUCAAAUUGAAAUAAAUAAAUUCGUUUGAACUACAUAGAUACGAGUAGAUAUUUUUUGUUAAACUUACCUC